CCGACGCCCGUUUGUUUUGGUUUUAUUUUUGUUGUUGUUAUUGAUUAUUGUAAUCAUGGCAAAAUAAUCGCCGGCCUCCAGCUCAAGGACGAAUAUGGACAAGUGACUUAAACGUAUAUGGACAAAUGACGUUAACGUGUUCUCUCAAGACCACAACACGAACAGUAAAGCAAACAAUUUUUUAAAAUCAUUUAGCGUCUAAGCAAAGACGGGGCAGGAUCAGGCGAAAUAGAUAACUCCAAGUAAAAUACAUACACACAUAUAUGCUAAGGCUAUGGCCAUGAAUGUAGAAAGAAUUACAUCUGCUAACGGCCUAGCCGCCAACGGACUAAGUAAUAUCAGUGAAACGGACAACAUAUCCGCCAUGGAGCUGCAAUCGAAUCGACGAAUGCUCUACUUCAGUGAUGGUUGCAUGGAGGAGCUUUCGUCGAGUGAGAGUGAAAAUGAAAUGGAUGUUCCGGACAGAAGUCUCGAUGUACAAUUGAAUGAGCGUGAAAUGGCUCUGGGGCCACGCCUACGUUACAAGGCCAGCAAGGUGGGCAAUAAGUUUCUUGCCGGCCUUGAUUAUGUGGGUGGGGGAUUGGCCUCCUUCUUGGGCAUUACGAAUUCCAAAUACGCCAGCGAAUUGGAAUACUAUAAACGUUCGCAGCACGAACAUGCCGGGCAACAGGAUGAGGAGGAACUCGAUAAUAAUUGGCAAACGCGUAAUAAUAAUAAUCAACAAAAUCGUAAUGAUGCCAUUGUGGUGUGUGCUCCGGCACCAACAUCAUCAUCACCAUCAUCAGCGCUGGCACCACCAACACGACAAUGAUUUGAAACAAAAGAGCUCAGUUUAGUGUGAAAACAAAAAAUUAAAAAUUGUAACAUUUGGAGACUUUUUACAUACAUACAUUCAUUUUUCGACACUUUAUUCACUAAAAAAAUAAGUUAUCAAUAAAGGAAAUAAUUUAUAUAUAUGUA